AUGGAAACUCAAUUGUUAAGCAGCUACAGUGUCUCCCUCCUCUUUCUCAUCUCCAUCUUUCUCCAUUCUUCUUUCUCAGCAGAGCUCUGUAACCCUAAAGACAAGAGGGUUCUUCUCCAAAUCAAGAGAGCCUUCAAGAACCCUUCCGUUCUUGCCUCGUGGGACCCACACACAGACUGCUGCAGCGAAUGGAACAGUGUCACGUGCAACCAUGAAACGCACCGUAUCAACUCCCUCACCAUCUCAGGCGGUCUCCCGGGCCAUAUUCCAACCCAGAUAGGCGACCUACCUUUCCUCGAAACCAUAGUCCUCCUCAAGCAUCACAACAUGUUAGGUUCCAUCCCACCGGCCAUUUUUAGACUCAAAAGGCUCAGGUACUUAACCAUAAGCUCGACCAACAUCUCGGGAUCGAUCCCGGGCUUUCUUGGGCGGAUGAGGAGCCUGCACUCCAUCGAUCUCUCUUACAACAGCCUAAGCGGACUAAUCCCUAGCUCGCUGGCUCUCCUGCCCAACCUCACGUCCCUCCACCUGAACCGGAACAAGCUGACCGGACCAAUCCCAGCCUCUUUCGGGCAGUUUCGUGGCAGUGAUUUUUACUUGCAGCUGUCCCAUAACCAGCUGACCGGUAGCAUUCCGGUCUCGAUGGGCAACAAGCUGGACUUCAACGACGUGGACCUAUCACGGAACAGGCUCGAGGGUGACGCGUCGUUUUUGCUAGGACCAAAGAAAAGGAUUCGUGCUCUUGACUUGUCGAGGAACAUGUUGCAGUUCGAAUUGUCCAAGGUUAGGUUUCCCAGGAGCUUAACAUGGCUGGAUCUGAACCAUAAUAAGAUCAAUGGGACCCUUCCGGUAGGGCUGACCAAACUGAAUUUCCAGACGUUGAAUGUUAGUUACAAUCGUCUUUGUGGGAGUAUUCCGCUUGGUGGGGAGCUGCAGAGGCUAGGGUACACCUCAUAUUUCCAUAACAGUUGCUUGUGUGGUGCACCACUGGGAGGCUGCAAGUAG